ACUACGCCCUCAUGCCUUGCGCGAGGCGGCGGCUGUGCACCGCCAUCUUGGCCGGUGGCGGUAAGAACACGCUGUGUGCUAAGACCUGACGGCUAUCCCUGCUUUGGCUACUGCACGCCCCAUUGGAAGGGGACCGUUGUCUCCAGAAGAGCUGGAUAUUCUGUGUUACAAUUAUGGCAGACAAGUUAACAAGAAUCGCUAUUGUCAACCACGACAAAUGCAAACCUAAAAAAUGUCGACAGGAGUGCAAAAAAAGUUGCCCCGUAGUCCGGAUGGGAAAAUUAUGCAUAGAGGUUACACCCCAGAGCAAAAUAGCAUGGAUUUCUGAAACUCUUUGUAUUGGUUGUGGUAUUUGUAUUAAGAAAUGUCCCUUUGGCGCCUUAUCAAUUGUCAAUUUGCCAAGCAACUUGGAAAAAGAAACAACACAUCGCUAUUGUGCCAAUGCCUUCAAGCUUCACAGGUUGCCUAUCCCUCGUCCAGGUGAAGUUUUGGGAUUAGUUGGAACUAAUGGUAUUGGAAAGUCAACUGCUCUAAAAAUUUUAGCCGGAAAGCAAAAGCCAAACCUUGGAAAGUAUGAUGAUCCGCCUGAUUGGCAAGAGAUUUUGACUUAUUUCCGUGGAUCUGAAUUACAAAAUUACUUCACCAAGAUUCUAGAAGAUGACCUAAAAGCCAUUAUCAAACCUCAAUAUGUAGACCAAAUUCCCAAGGCGGCAAAGGGGACAGUGGGCUCUAUUCUGGACCGAAAAGAUGAAACAAAGACACAGGCAGUCGUCUGUCAGCAGCUGGAUCUGACUCACCUGAAGGAACGGAACGUGGAAGACCUCUCCGGAGGGGAGCUGCAGAGAUUCGCUUGUGCCGUGGUUUGCAUACAGAAGGCUGACAUUUUUAUGUUUGAUGAACCUUCUAGUUACCUCGAUGUCAAGCAACGUUUAAAGGCUGCCAUUACUAUUCGAUCUCUAAUAAAUCCAGAUAGAUACAUCAUUGUGGUGGAGCAUGAUCUAAGUGUACUAGACUAUCUGUCUGACUUCAUCUGCUGUCUGUAUGGUGUGCCAAGUGCUUAUGGUGUUGUCACUAUGCCUUUUAGUGUGAGAGAAGGCAUAAAUAUAUUUUUGGAUGGCUAUGUUCCAACAGAGAACUUGAGGUUCAGGGAUGCAUCACUUGUCUUUAAGGUAGCUGAGACAGCAAAUGAAGAAGAAGUUAAAAAGAUGUGCAUGUAUAAAUACCCCGGGAUGAAGAAGAAGAUGGGAGAGUUCGAGCUAGCAAUUGUAGCUGGAGAGUUCACUGACUCAGAAAUCAUGGUGAUGCUGGGGGAAAACGGUACAGGUAAAACCACAUUUAUCAGAAUGCUUGCUGGAAGGCUUAAGCCAGACGAAGGAGGAGAAGUACCAGUUCUAAAUGUCAGUUAUAAGCCACAGAAAAUCAGUCCCAAAUCAACAGGAAGUGUUCGCCAGUUACUACAUGAAAAGAUCAGAGAUGCUUACACUCAUCCACAGUUUGUGACUGACGUAAUGAAGCCCCUACAGAUUGAAAACAUCAUUGACCAAGAGGUGCAGACGUUGUCUGGUGGUGAACUGCAGCGUGUAGCUUUAGCCCUUUGUCUGGGCAAGCCUGCUGACGUCUAUUUAAUUGACGAGCCAUCUGCAUAUUUGGAUUCUGAGCAAAGAUUAAUGGCAGCUCGGGUUGUCAAACGUUUCAUUCUCCAUGCAAAGAAGACAGCUUUUGUUGUAGAGCAUGACUUCAUCAUGGCCACCUACCUAGCAGAUCGCGUCAUCGUUUUUGAUGGUGUUCCUUCUAAGAACACAGUUGCAAACAGUCCUCAGACUCUUUUGGCUGGCAUGAACAAAUUUUUGUCUCAGCUCGAAAUUACGUUCAGAAGAGACCCCAACAAUUACAGACCGAGGAUAAAUAAGCUCAAUUCAAUCAAGGAUGUAGAACAAAAGAAGAGUGGAAACUACUUUUUCUUGGAUGAUUAGAUUGAAUCUGAACUUAUCAAUAAGCCAUUUACUUACUGGGAUUUUUAUCAUAUAAAACUUUAAUCAGGUUUUAUGGCCCCACAUACUCUGGAGCUUGAAGUAUGAUUUUCUUAAUGUGACAUCGAAAGCCAGUUGUCUUGUAAAGUCUUGUUUAAGAACUAUUCUGUUCUUAACAUUAAACCUUUGUGCAUACCACACUAA